AUGGGCUACGCGGCCCCAGCAGGGGUGGUUUCCGUGGUGCUCACCAGCAGCUUCCUCAUCAACAGCAUCCACCGUCGCCACGAGGAGGGCUGCAGGGAGCUGGUGGCCAUCACCACCCUGGCAGCCAGCACAGCAGCCGUGGCCGCCCUGCCGCUCCUCACCAUCUACCUCUGCUAUCACAUCACCCAGGGGACGCUGAGGGAAGGUGACCAUGCUUGGGUGGACAGGCCUGCCCACCAUGCCCUGGAGCUGCUGUCCCAAGAGCACGUGGUUGCAGAAGGACUGUCCCUCUUGCUGGGCUGCUCUGCAGAGCUGAGUGUCACCGAGAGCCGCGUGGCAGCCGAGGGAUCCUCCAUCCUGCUGCAGGCACCACAGCUCCCCAACAUCAACCUCACUGAGUGGGAAUUCAUCGGGGGCAGCAGCCCCCAGCUCAUCCUGCAGCACUACACACAUUCCUACCCCCCGGUCACCUACCCACCUCCCUUCCAAGGCAGAGUCAUCUUCUACCCCCAGAACGGCUCCAUCCUCCUGCAGAGGCUGCAGGUGACAGACAGUGGCAUCUACAGAGCAACAGUCGAUCUGAUGCAGGACAAAGCCUGGACCACCCUCCUCGAGGUCCUCAAGCCCGUGUCCCAGCCAGAGAUCCAGUACAGCCCCAGCCUGGCAGGUUCCCCCAUCGAGCUGACCUGCGUGGUGCCCGAGGGAGUGGUGGCUUCCAUCUCCUGGAAGAAGCAGGGACAUCCCCUUCCCCCUGAGAAGUGCUACCAGCUCUCAGGAAACACCACCGUGCUGCAGAUCAGGAAGGGAGAGAAGUCAGACUGUGGUUCCUACUCCUGCAAUGUCAGCAACAGGAUCAGCUGGAAGGAGACGGCCCUGAACCUGACCCUGGCAGGUCUCACCCCUCCCCUCCACCACGCCUGGAGGUUGGUGCUCAUCACCUUCAUCCUCAGCGCUGGCUCCACCGUCGGCUUCGUUGUCCUGCUGUGUCAGAGGUUUGGACAGAAAGCACAGAAACAUCUCACUGUGUUCACCCACGGGCUGCUGUGCAUCUCCUCUGUCCUCCUGCUUGCCACCUCCAUCAUCUGGCUGCAGGAAGAAGGGCACCGUGUCCUCCAGAGCUUUGCAGCCCCCACAGCGCUCGUCGUCAACUCGCUCUUCAGCCUCCUUUUGCUCCACAAUAUCCAGCAGCUCCAUGAGCAGGGCUGCUCAGAGGCCACUGAUCUGACCACCUAUGCCUGUGUCACCGUGGCCAUCCUGGCCCUGCUGCUCCUCCUGAUCUUCCUCACAUCAGAGCAGGGCUGCUCAGAGGCCACUGAUCUGACCACCUAUGCCUGUGUCACCGUGGCCAUCCUGGCCCUGCUGCUCCUCCUGAUCUUCCUCACAUCAGGAGGUGACUCCAGCCCAGUCCUGACCCUGCUGCUGAACUGGUUCCUGCCCUGGCUGGUGCUGGACCAGGUUUCCCUGCCCAAGUACAAGUUCCUGCAGCAGCUGCUGCCCAUGGCACUGAUCCAGCUCAAGGCCCAGGCCCCCACCAGCACGGAGGAGCUGCGCUGUCUGCAGGUGAUCAACCAGCAGCAGGAGGGCUCCAGCCUGGAGGAGCUGAUCACCAACCAGUCCUGCCUCAAGCUGGCCAACACCAUCAAAGCCUACGUGGCCACGGUGACAGAGAAGGUGAUCCACAGGAGCGCGGUGCAGGAAGCCCGGAGGAGCUACCUGAACACCUCGGAGGGGCAGGCACGUCCCAGAACAGCCAACAAGCCCUCAGCACACCUCACCCUCCGCCCACAGAGCCUGGCCCAGGAUGGGAGCUCCAAGCGCUUCGGGAACCUCUCCCAGUCCUGCCGCCACGCCAUCGCGCGCUGGGAAGCCAGCACCAGCCUCUCCCACCUGCAGAACAUCACCUACCGGGACGGGAGGCUGCGGGUCAACCAGGCGGGCAAGUACUACGUCUACUCCCAGAUCUACUUCCGCUACCCCAGCGACGGGGCCGGUGCCCACCCCUCCGUGCCCCAGCUCGUGCAGUGCAUCAACUGGAAGACGUCCUACAGCCAGCCCAUCCUGCUGCUCAAGGGGGUGGGCACCAAGUGCUGGGCACCCGAGGCAGACUACGGGCUCCACGCUCUCUACCAGGGGGGGCUGUUUGAGCUGAAGGCCGGUGAUGAGCUCUUUGUCUCCGUCUCCUCCUUGGCCAUCGACUACAACGACGCUGCCGCCAGCUACUUCGGGGCCUUCCGGCUCGACCUGUGA